AUGAUCCUACAGGUCGCCACGCAUGAAGCAGGAGUCUUGAACCGCUUGGCGGAGUUGGGAGGCGACAAACUCGCUCGCCAAUCCCUAGCCCUCCGCACCUGGAACAUCCUCGUCCUCGCCGCGCUCCUCGACCCCGAAGAGCGGUGGCUCGCCAUGGUGUACACCCAGCUGAACAUCUUCUCCGCCACCUACCAAUCCCUCCUCCGCACGUACGCCUACCUCGACCACCCGCCCGAGACGGGGACGACGGACGUGAACCACGCGUACAUCGCCAUCAAGUUCUGGCUGCUGCUCACGCAUAAGAAGGCAAGAAGAGACGGGACAGGCAAUGAGAUGGAGAUGGGAGUGUGGAAUGAGCUCUGGCCACCGUUUGAGGCGAUGGUGGGCUUGUUGGGGACGGAGGUGCAGCCGUCCUUUAUGCUGACCACACUGACGUGUUCGACGGUGGCGGACCUGGUGAUCUUCUUGCGCUCAUUGAGGUCACCGGCACUGCUACAGACGACGUCGCAUAUCACGAUGCUGAACAAGAUGAAGGAGCUUGGACGGGAGGCGGCGACAGCGAGGAUCGCACGCGCGAUGCGCAGUCUGUCCGAACCACCGCCCGACGUGAGCGUGGACACGCUGGUCAGUCAGGCUGCAAAGGACGUCGUGGCAGCAGAAAAGCUACGCGUCUUGGAGAGCGGGAAGGGGGUUUACGAGCGCAGGGGACCUGAACGACACCGUAGGGACAUGACGACUUCGACAAGAUGA